UUACCAAAGGGAGAGACGCGCAAGGAGAUCUCGAUUCAACCCUUGUCCCCAAAAGCUUAGCCUUUGUCGGGGCUGCUCACCGAUUAGUGGAGGGUUGCGCUUCUUUGCAACAGAGCCAAGAACGAAGGAAAGAGGCGAACGAAACCGGCCGGCGCGAAGCAAGAGCGAGUCACAUGUACGGAGCCGCCAGUCUAUUACAGCUACUAGAGCGGAAGUAGGUUCGAUCCCCGCGGGCGGAGGCAACAGUUACUCACAGAAUGGGUUCAGUAAUAAUUUAACCGGUUAUUUCCCGGCUGCUCGCCUUGGAAAACAAAUGGAAAAAGUUCAUUAAAAACAGAGCGGUGCUCUGCGCAUGCGUCAAGCCUGGCCGCCGACAGACAAGUUGAGUAAGCCGGAAGGAGCUUGGAACGACUGAGAUGGAGACGGGUGCCCGACCGAAACAGAGAGGGGGAAGAAUUGUGCCAUCCCGUUACCUGCAGUAUGAUAAAAAAGCAAGUGGAAAGCAGGGUACUUCAACCACCAAUUUGUCCUUUGCAAAAGGUCUAGAAAAUUUUGGAUCUCCAAAGAGGCUAUCUGUUCAGAAAUUCAAGACCUCAGUAGAAACUACACCUAGUAUAUUACAAUCAACCUUUCUGGAUAGCCAUAGGAGUAUUCGACCUGAACUGGAGGUUUCAUCUAUUAAUGAAAAAAGCUACUAUAAGACACCAGUUUCAAAGCUCAGUGUAAAAGGCUUUUCCAAAAGAAAUAAGGUCACGACGCCCUCUGAUUCAAAUGAUCUGAUUGGGAUGCUGGACUCUCAGAUGCUGCUGUUAACUUAUGCCUCGACAAAGAUGGAGAAAAACCUUGUCCUUCUGGAGGGGAAAGCUGAAAGGAACUUGUUAGUGCUCUGUGAGGAAGUGAAGAAACUACAGGCGAAUGCACAUGAAAAGAAGCAUAAACUUCAGCAUCUGAAGAAAGAGAUUGAGCUCUCUGAAGCUCUUGAGAGACAGCUUGAAAUACUUGGACCUGUUUCUGAACAAUGUGCCCUGUUUAAGAGGGACUAUAAGCACUUUGCCACAGCCCUGGACACAACUAGGCAUGAAUUGCCCAUGAAGGACAUCUAUGUAGAAGACAUGGGCCAAUAUCUAGCUGAUAUGCAGAAAAGCUUGGCUAUGAUUCAGAGUGUUUUGAAUGAAGCCCUGGUACAAAACUUUGAAGAAAAUGCCAAAGCGCUGAAUGUCAUGAAGGAACUAGAGGAAGUAUCUUUGAAGCUGGAUGCAGAACUGCCAAGGACCUUUGCUCGUGUUGUGGAUUUAUCUGCUGAUGUGAGCAAGGAGGCCUCACUCCAUUAUCAGAAAGUGUGCGAAGACACCUUGGGUCUGGAGACCAUGAAGCAAUUGUAUUUUAGUUAGAUCCAAUCUUUAGCUCUUGGUGUCACUGAAACAGGAAGCUGGUCCUUCUGUUCUUUCUGUCGCUGAAAGACUGAAAUAGGUUACACUACUUGGAGUAAUAUUUUCUACUCGUUUGUUACAAUUGCUUGAGAGGGCAGGAUAUUUUAAGGGGAAGCCUAAUUGUUUGACAUGAAGAGUUGGAAAGCUGCACAGAAAAAUAAGGCACAAAAUGUGCUUUCUUCCCUCCAUCCCUCCAGGGUGCCAUUUCAGCUAAUGGAAGCGCAGAUAUAUUUGCACUUUGAGAUUCUUUCACUUUUGUAUUAAAACAAUUUUCUCAUUG